CGCACCGCUGCAGCCCUAGGUUUAAAUUGAGGUCUUUGUUGAGACCAAUAGACAAAUAUUGCUCAAGCUUUUCAUACACAGGAGAAUAUAAUAAAAAGAAAAAAUUACGUUGGAUACAGUCGAGACACUGCAAGACUAAUGCAACGGCAUAAGUAGAGCUGACAACAUCGGAUGUACACAAACAAACCCAGCGUUCUCGGUUUAAGGAGGUAUUGUUUUUGCUUUUAAGCGUAGGUUGCUUUUAUUCCGAAAUCGCUAUAAGUGGUUGAUCGACAUGGGGAAAUAUCAUAUUUAAAAAGAAAAUCAUGAAAGAGCAUAGGGAUAUUUCUGUGGAAAGGUUGCCCAUGGCACACAGAACAAGUGGGGUUCAACUCUCUAGCUGCCUCGUCCAAACAGAGGAGAAGGGGGAACCUAAGAGAAGAUACCUGUGGGCCAUCUCUAUCCCUCAUAUUUCACAUAAAUAGUCAACAUUUGGGGAUCGUGACAGAGGAUGGAGACUGUAGGGAAAUUCGAGUUCAGCAGAAAGGAUCUUGUAGGACAUGGUGCCUUCGCAGUGGUGUUCAAAGGCAGGCAUCGAGAGAAGCACGAUUGGGAGGUUGCAGUCAAAUGCAUAAACAAGAAGAAUUUGGCCAAAUCUCAGACUCUCCUCGGGAAAGAAAUCAAGAUAUUGAAGGAACUCAAACAUGAAAACAUCGUUGCAUUACAUGACUUCCAGGAAACAGCAAGCUCUGUGUACCUAGUAAUGGAGUACUGCAAUGGAGGAGACCUGGCUGACUACUUGCACUCUAAGGGCACUUUAAGUGAAGACACCAUCCGAGUAUUUCUGCAGCAGAUAGCAGGGGCCAUGAGGGUUCUUCAGGCCAAAGGCAUCAUCCACAGAGACCUGAAACCCCAGAACAUCCUGCUUUCCCACCCUGCAGGCCGCAAGUCCCAUUCCAACAACACCUGCAUCAAGAUAGCUGACUUUGGCUUUGCACGGCACCUUCAGAAUAACAUGAUGGCCGCCACACUCUGUGGGUCCCCCAUGUACAUGGCACCUGAGGUGAUUAUGUCGCAGAACUAUGAUGCAAAGGCUGACCUGUGGAGUAUAGGCACCAUUGUGUUUCAGUGCCUGACUGGGAAGGCUCCGUUUCAGGCCAGCAGUCCGCAGGACCUCCGCUUGUUUUAUGAGAAAAAUAAAACUCUCUGCCCAAACAUUCCUAGAGAAACUUCCAGCCAUCUCAGACACCUGCUGCUCGGCCUCCUGCAGAGGAACCAUAAGGACCGGAUGGACUUCGAUGAAUUUUUCAAACACCCUUUCUUGGAAGCAAGCUCCUCUAUGAAGAAGUCUGCUCCAGUUGCUGUGACAUGCUUUCCCAGCUCAGCUUCUGCCAGCUCAUGCAGUAGCUCGUCCACUUCACACCUGGCCUCUCCUCCUCAAUCCCUUGCGGAGAUCCAACAGGUCCGUGCAAAGGUGUUAGCCUCCCCGACACAAGACUCUCCAGGCUUCCUGCUGAAGGACUCAGGUGGUGGCGGUGGCGGCAGCAGUAGCAAGAACUCGUCCUGUGACACAGAUGACUUUGUCAUGGUUCCUGCUCAUUUCUCUAGUGAGCUUACCUGUGAAAGUCCUACAGGAAAGGUUCUCCAGGACAGUCUGAUGUAUAGUGGGAGUUCCCUUCUGGCUUCUGGAGGUCAAUGCAGUCAAGGCAAGACUCCUCCACGCUCCCCCUCCUACAGCAGCUCUCCUGGACCCAGCGGCGGGCCGAAUGAGUUCUCUGGGAGUAUCAAUAGCAGUUAUGGGCAGUCUGUACCCAUUCCAGUCCCCACACAGAUACGCAACUACCAGCGCAUGGAGCAGAACCUCCAUUUCCCGGGUCAAGAGGGCUCUCCAUCUCCACGGUCUGGCACAGUCCAAAGGUGCGGUAGUGGGAGUUCUCUGACCUGUGGACGAACAGGGCCCUCCCCUCCUCAGCUUGGAGGGCCUGGUUCUGCCCUCACUCCCUGUAGACUGUCUACGGGGGGUGCUAAACACUUCCAGCUCUCUCCACAGUUUGGCACCAUUCCGGAGUUACCAGGCCAAAUGUGCACAGCAGGUGCAGAAAUGGGUCACAGGGGCUCUCGAGGUGGAGAAACGAAGGCUCGGACCCAGCAGCCACAGAGCCUUGUCACACGGCUCAACAGCGCCCCUUGUUUGCUUGAGGCGACAGGGGGGUGCAGGCAGAAGAUCAGAAAGCAGCAUUCAGACCCGGUGGUAGUCCCUCAGGGAAAUGUGAUGCCCUUUAGGACCCUGCACUCCUCUCCCAGGCUUAGUGAACUUAUGCAACGCAGCCCCCUGCCAACCAUCCUGGGUUCACCUUCCAGAUCUCAGGCUAUGCCCUCAUUUGAGUUUCCCAAGCCCCCCAGUUCCCCAAACAUGGUCACGUUUUUGGCCCAGCAGGGACUCAGGCCAGCUCAGGGAGGCUUUGGAAGGUCUCAGAGUGCUGGCCGCCUGUCUGAUGUGCUACUGAUGGCAGCGUUUGGAGGACAGAUAGGAGAUAGAGACAGCAUGGAGAAUCUCAAUUUUGACAGAGCCAUGGACAUCACAGCACCCCAUGGUAGUGGAGCUUUUUUAGUGGGUUCAGGUAGCCCAGCUCGAGCGGUGUUCACCGUGGGUUCUCCACCCAAUGGAGGGACACCUCCACAGAGUUCUCGCAUAAGAAAGUACUCCGUAGGAUCUUCAAGUUCCAUUAGUCCGGUGGGGUCCCUCACCAAUCGCUACCCACAAUGCAUGGACGGCUACGAGGGGCCCUCCAGUCCACGCUAUGGUUUCACUGACCCCAUCUCAGCUGUUACUUUUGAAGCCCCUGAACUACCAGAAGAGACCCUAAUGGAGCAGGAACACACAGAAAUUGUGCAUAGGCUCCGGUUCAUGCUGGACUUUGCUCGCUGUAUAUUGGAGGUGGCAGAAUCUAGGGGUGGAGAGGCUGCCCAGGCAGAACAGUCCUCCAUUGGCCUACUACGGCAGCAGAGCCUGGUCGCCGAUCAGAUCAGCUCUCUGAGCCGAGAGUGGAGUUAUGCAGAGCAGUUGGUGCUUUUCAUGAAGAUGGCAGAGCUUCUGUCAUCUUCACUACACACAGCCAUGGAAGGAAUCAAACUGGGGAAGCUCUAUCCCUCUACUACGGUCAAACAAGUGGUCAGAAGGCUGAAUGACCUGUAUAAGUCCAGUGUCAUGUCCUGUCGUUCUCUGAGUGCUCAGCUGGAGCGAUUCUUCUCUCGUAAACACAGACUCAUGGACCACAUCAACAGCAUCACAGCUGAAAGGCUCCUCUUCAGCCACACUGUACAGAUGGUACAGACCGCUGCUCUGGAUGAGAUGUUUCAUCAGGGAUCAGCAUCAGUUCAGCGCUACUAUAAGGCCUUGCUGCUUAUGGAGGGGCUCUCUCUCCUACUAACAGAACAGGCCGAUAUCCUCAGCAUUAGCAAGUGUAAGCAAUGCAUCGAACGCCGUCUCACCGCCUUGCAAUCAGGCAUCUGUGUGUAAAGUCUCUCAACCAAGCUGCUGUUAAAUGGCCAAGAUUCCCAUUCUGCCCCCUGCAACUGUUGUAUCCAUCUUUGUCUAAGUGCUUUAGGGGAGGGAACAGUCCUUGGACUAAGUUAAUAUGACUGAAAGCUGAUGUCAUAAUACUUGAUGGUGGAGAGACUUUAAAAGUUGGCAGUGUUCACCUGGUGCCCCUUUAUAUCGUCACAGAGCCAGAAUGACAGAUUGAUCCCUUUGUAUAUUGUCAAGAGGAUAGAUUUUUCUGUCACUGAGUGGUCACGUCUCCACAGCUUGGUAAUCCACCAUGUACAAGUGUGUACAUACCAAUCGCCAGUCAAGUGUGUACUACAAGAUGACAAGCCUUGUCACGUGUCCCAUGCUUUGUGAUCCGUUGGUUCAAACAGGGGUUGAGAAUGUGGUUGCGUGUUAUAAAAUGGGUUGUGCAAUUUUAGUUGAUUGACAAAGUUUACCCACCCCAAUAUCCUUAUUUUCUCCUUAGUUUGUAUUUAAUUAUCUGCCCAUUCACUACAUGUUAACUUCCAGAGAGAAGUUAUCAAAUCAUUUUAAGAGAAUUAUUAGUACAUUUGACCUAUAGGGGAUGCUUCUUGUGUGUGCGAGCAUGUCUGUAUGUUUUUGUUUCGCUUUGCUUUGUGUUUUUUGGUUUGGUUUUGUUUGAAGUCAUUUUGUUUGGUUGGUUUAAUUCCAAGUGUCUAGUCAGAUGAAGACAUAAUGACUGGAUGAAUGUUUUCAGACAAGCAAAAUGGCAAUUUUGUUCACCAUGUGAAUUUUAUUAGAUUUACCAAGGCCCAACUUCGUCUAUCCCUCGCUGGAGAAUAAGCAUCAUCCUUACAUUAAAUUAGUGACCAUUAUUAUAAAUUGGCUGACCAAGUAACAGGCUGUUCAUGAAACAAAUUAGUAUGCCAAUUACGUAAAAGACAUUCCCAUUGUUUCACAGAAGGAAAUGGUGCAAAGCCAGCAAAAACAUUUGUAGCACUUAAGUGAAUGUUUACUAAGAACAUGGCAAAUUCCAUUUCCUCUUUAAAAUGUCUUAAAUGAAUGUAGUGUUUGGAUAACUCUUAUGGCCUGAUUGCAUUUUCCUUCUUUAAAAAAAAAGCUAUUACUCUGUUUUGUCUUUGGCAAUCAUUUGUAUGAAUGUAGCUUUACUUUUUAAGUCCAUGUGUUGGAACAGAUUCAGAACCUAAACUGAUUGAGGGGCUAACACAAGUAAAGAGGUCAAACGAAAGAGUCCUAAAUUUGUGCAUCGUUAAUAUAAUAUUAGUUGUUUAAGAGGAAUUUUAGUCAUGUAGCUGUUAGUAACGCUGCUCUGUAAGAUAUGCUUUAUUUACGGAACGAUUCUGUGUUUUCUAGUUAGAUAAUGGUGGUAUUAACAGUGGCAGGAUUAUUUUUGCCAGUUCAAUAUUAGGUUUAAUUUAUUGUUUGCAUCAAAGCAGGGCAGAAUUAAUAAGAAACUCUCGAUUUUACCUUUUAUUACAAUCCUAUGUGUUCUUUGGUGAUCAGUGCUGGUCCUGAUUUCCACAAAGAUUCAAUUGGGACAUUUUAAAUACCCAUUUUAGUGUUUUGUUUGAGAACAGAAUGUACUACUUCUGGGUUGUGCAUGCAUAGAGAUGUGUUGUUAUUGUUGUUGAUGUGGGCUGUGUAUUAUCUGAAGCAGGUAUUUCAAGGACAGGUCUUAAGAUGACAGUCUAUUCGAGUUUGCUGCACUGUUUGAGGGCUCUGUUGUAAUAUUAGCAAAAAGACAUUCAAAAGUAACCAGAACAUUUGGUUGAAUGUCACAACAACAUGUCCAGGUCAUAUUUCAUCCUAAAUCCAGGAGAAGGAAAAAAAAAACAUUAAAAAAAAUAAUUAAAAUGAAGCCUAUUUUAAGCCAUUUCCCACCAAAUUUUUUAUCUUCAAUCUUUAUGGUCUCAGAAAUAGAUGUAUAAGCUAUAAUUUAGUUUUCUUUAUUUUGAAUUUGGGGUGAUCGAUGACCUGGACAUGUUCCUGAAAGGUUUCAUGAGCUUCACCAAUUUAGUAGAAACGCCACCAUUUACCACUUUCAUCGUAAAGUUCAGAGUCACUGCUCUUUUGCCUUUUAUUUCAAAUGUGGUAUGUUUGUUUGUGUCUGUUGAAGCUAUUUAAAACAAAUUUAAAAAUGUGCCUUUGAAGAUAGAGAAAAAAAAAAUACUGAAAAAUAUAUUUCUCUAGAGCUUUUUUUUUUUAAAUUUUUUUUUUACAUAUUGUUAGUUAAUCUGCAGUGCAUUGUUGUUUUUAAUUGGUUCAAUUUGACCAUGCUGUGAUGCGGUGAAAUGGACAUUAGAUUUAGAUUUACUUCUAGCUAGUGUGUGUGUGUUAUAAGAAUCAUGUGUGCAUACUGUACAUAGUUUUCUUUGAAUAAACUGAAGUGUAGUGUCAUUAAGUGGGACAUAAGCAGUUAAUGUUAGUUCCAAAGGCCAGAGAAACUGUUUCUCUCUCUCUCUCUCUCUCUCUGAAUAACAUGAGGAUCAUGCAGCAUUAAGAUGUGCUUUCCAAUAAAGUGUAUUUAUAUUGUGCUUUUAAAAUACAUCAAAUUAAUAACACCCGUUUAAGCUCAUCCAUCAAAUGUAAAUGUGCGCCAAAAUGGACAUUGAUGCAUAUUAGCGUUUUCAGUCACUAUGAACAGGAUGAAGCAUUUGUCAGGAUGUAGCUGAGGUCAUAUCUGUUAUUGACUGAUGUACAGACACUAAAACUUGUUUCUGCAUCACUACACUGAUGUCCGACAGUCUCUUUCCACUCUACAAUAAUAAUGACAUGCAUCUGUUUUAUUCUCUACUCUUGGUAUCAAGUGUAAAUGUGGAUUAUAAAUGAUUGCUUUAAACUUGUACGCAUGAGGAUUUGCUUUCUGUUACCAUCUCCCCACCAAAGAAAAAAUAUGAAAGUUUCCAAUUUUGACUGUUGAUAAACAUUUACUUUUGUCUGUUGUGUAAGGAAUAAAAGGACCUAUACACACCGUUUCAUGUCUAUAAGUUGUAACUUUCUUUUUGCUUUAAAAAGUACAGCACCAAUAAAA